AUGGACCACAAAGUUACGACGGACUAUACCCGGUUGCUGGGGAACGCGAACGUUAAGGUUUAUGUUCGAGCGAGGCCCUGCGCUGACGGCCAAAAUGCUCCCGAAGACAUGUUCGAACGGAAGAAGGAAGCCCCGAACAAUAUCGUGAUAAAGGACACGGAACGAAUGCAAUACGGAAAUCACGCUUUUAGCUUCGACAAUAUCUACUGGACGGAUACAACUCAAGACACCUUGUUUGAAGCGACGAGCAAGUGUUUGGUGGACUACUCGUUGAAGGGCAUCAACAGCUGUUGUUUUGCCUAUGGACAGACCGGAUCAGGGAAAACUUUCAGCAUAUUCGGUGAAGCGGGGGGAGAAAAAGUUGGUCUACUGUCACGGUCAAUUGAGUACCUCUUUGACAUGGUAAAUCGUCAGCAGACCAAAUUCAAAGUGCUGACUCUAGCUGUCAGCUUUCUGGAGAUCUACUGUGAUCGUGUCCGAGAUCUUGCACGAGCCUAUCUUAAGAAGACAGGUAGACCGGUGUCAUACCAGACGUCGAGCAGUACCGAAUGGUUUCUUCGUCAACAGCAAAACCAACAGAUCCCUCGAAGCGAGAGCGCGACUAGGUAA